AUGUCCAUGUCCUUGGAGUACAAGUUCACCUUCAUCAACGUGUUGGAGGAGGUGGACGAGGAGCGCUCAUUAGCCACCUUCAGACGAUCCAGCAGCCUGCCACCUCGGCCCAAACCUGAGAUGUGCAGCGAGAUCCUCAGCACUGAAGAGCAGGAUGGACGCUAUGUGCAGACCCUGACCGAGAAGCUCCCCGGAAUUUUCGGCGCUAAGGCUGCCACAGAGGAUUUAACCUCUAGCAGCUCUAGCCGUCAGGACACCGGUGUGGAGAGCUGGAGCACCGUCGGCUUACGCGACGGCUCCCGCGAAUCCUUGCACGACUCGUCCCGCGAAUCCGGCGAAGAGGAGUCGGAUGGAUCCAACGUCUCAAGCGCCUACAACCCGGGCAGCGUCGGACAUCCCGAGCUGUGCCGGCGACCGUGCAUCUACUUCGCUGCCGGGCAGUGCCGCAACAGCGCUGACUGCAACUUCUGCCAUUUGUCGCAUGCCCACCGUUCGGCGACCCUCGACAAGAAUCAACGCCAGACGAUCAAGGAACUGAGCAAGCAGGAGUUCUUGAGCGUGCUCUUGCGUUGCCUUCGAAAUAAGGCAGUGCAGGGAAGCUUCGAGGACGAGGCCCAGGAGCUCUUGGAGCUCUUCGAAGAACGCCUCCGUCAGGGCGUGGAUGGAGCGGAGACGUUUGAGAACGAUCUUGAGGAGGGCGUUCCCGCCGAAGCCUCCAAGGGCUUGGCGAAGAUCAGCAACUUAGAGAGGGCCCUGAACCGCAUGACCUUCUUCAGCGUCGCCAGCCUGACGACUCGCGCGCAGUUCGAGAAGGAGUUCCUGGAUCGCUGCAAGAAGACGGUGGGCAAGUUGCGUCAGUACUUCGAUUAA